GCCAUGCUUGCAUCCUGAACGUAUGUUCUGUCUGGGCCAGUUUCUCCGGCUCGGUGAAGGACAGAAGGCCUGGAGGAUGUGUGCCUCGAGCCCGGACCCUGGGCUGAGAGCGGCCCCUUUAAGACCUUGGCCCACUCCUCAGGCCUGAUUACGCCUGACUUCCGCCCGGAUUCAAAAUGGCAGCCGCUGGUGAUGCCUUCCGCACCGGUGAUUUGGCAGGGCGGAAGCAGGAGGCGGUGGCAGGAGGUGGCUGCGGGAUGCCCGGAUGUGAGGAAGCGUUGUGGUUGGGUGCUGAAAGUGAGCAGGGGGCGGGGUCACGGCGCCAACCCGGAAGCCCUGGAUGCGGGCUGUGGCUGUCCACCCGGCGCAGAGCUGCUCGGUGCUGCGGCAGGUUUGAUGUGCCUCGUUAUGCCCAGCCACGCUGAUGUCAGCCUCCCACCAGAGGAGCGCGUCCGAAGCCUGAUCCAGAUGGGGAGUGCAGUGGAAGUGAACGAGGAUGUCCCCCCACGACGCUACUAUCGCUCAGGCGUGGAAAUCCUCCGCAUGGCGACCGUUUACUCGGAGGAGGGCAAUAUCGAGCAUGCCUUCAUUUUAUACAACAAGUACAUCACGCUCUUCAUUGAGAAGCUGCCAAAGCACCGUGAUUACAAAACUGCCGUCAUACCUGAAAAGAAGGAGACAAUGAAAAAACUGAAAGAAGUGGCCUUCCCCAGAGCUGAAGACCUCAAGAAAGAGCUGUUACAGAGGUACACGAAGGACUACUCUAAGUACAUAGAGCAGAAGAAAGAGAAGGAAGAGGAAGAUGCACGCAACUUGGCUCUGCAGCAGCAACUGGAAGAGGAAAGAAAUCGUGUAGCCCUAAUGAAGCAGCAGCAGGCAGAGCAAGAGCAGUUUCUUGCCUUCGAGGAGAUGAUUCGACGACAGGAGCUGGAAAAGGAACGUUUGAGGAUAGUGCAGGAAUUUGGAAAGCCAGAGCCAAGUCCUGAGUCUCUGGAUGGGCCCCUCAUCCCUGGCAUGGAAAAGCCACCUACUGAUUUAACCCCAAAGGUUCCUGUCUCUCCAGUUCACCCUGCGAGUCCAUCAGUGGGGACUGUCUCAUCCAAACCUCCUGUGGUGGACAGAUCUUUGAAACCUAGUGCUUUGGGGAGCACAGAAAACACUGCAAGUGUGGAUGCCCUUCGCCAGGUCAUUGUCCCUAGAGAGUUGUGCCAGAAAUUCCUCCAGCUGGCUGAUGCCAACACGGCCCGAGGUGUGGAGACCUGUGGGAUCCUCUGUGGUAAGCUGAUGAGGAAUGAGUUCACGAUAACUCACGUCAUCGUUCCCAAGCAGCACGGAGGCCCUGAUUAUUGCAACACGGAGAACGAGGAGGAACUCUUCCUGAUCCAGGACCAGCACGGCCUCGUUACGCUCGGCUGGAUCCACACUCACCCCACGCAGACAGCUUUCCUCUCCAGUGUCGACCUGCACACACACUGCUCCUACCAGAUGAUGUUGCCAGAGUCCAUCGCCAUUGUGUGUUCUCCAAAAUACCAGGAGACGGGGUUUUUCAAGCUGACAGAGCACGGCCUGGAGGAGAUCUCUUCCUGCCGGCAGAAAGGAUUCCACCCGCACUCCAAAGACCCUCCUCUCUUCACUACCUGCAAUCACGUGUCGGUAGUCGAGAGAGAUGUGGUGGUGAUGGAUCUACGAUAGGCCUCUUGCCUUAACUGCUUACUGUAAAAACCAUCUACCUUCCCUCUAGGCCUAGGUGAAGUUUUGGUUCCUUCUGUAGCAGACGAUUUCUACCGUGUAAUGCCCCUUCCCCUUCCUUCCUGAGCAGUCACGGUGAAAUCGAUACCCUGACCUCAGCGGGAGCGCAGGAACUCGGUGCCUGGUGUUGGACUGGUGAAGUAGUGUUGAGGUUCAAGGUGUGGGGAAGAGCUAACUGGAGAUUUGAAGACAGAAGCUAACACUGAAGCAAUUAUUUAAUUUCUGGCUUGACCAGCUUCUUGGGUGGGGAGGGUCCUGCAAGUUUCUGCAACCUUGAGCUGUGCAUCCUCUUCAAGUGCUUUGUGAAGUGGGACUUGCUCAAAUUAACCUAUGUUCUGCUUUGCCUCUCUUUCUGGGUUGGUAAAUUGUGGCCUUGAGCGUGGCUUGUUGGAGCAGAUAAAUCUUUGCUAUAGUUUAAAAUUAAACCUUCCUAACACCUCUCACUCCAUGCAAGAGCCCAUCCUGGCUGACCCUCAGAGCACAUCCUCCCUCCUGCUGCUCAGAUUUCUGCCCAGUGGAGCAAGAAGGGGCCCAGCCGUUGUGCUCUCCCCUUCCUUUGGGAUCCCCUGUUUCAAGAGUUCGGGGCGAGAAGAUUCCUGGAUGCAGCACUGCUCAAUUCCAGCGAUGGUGAGGGGAUUUCUGGUGACUUUCUUUCUUUUCCUGGAUGGGGCUCUCACUCCAUUGAGGGCUUGGGUUUGGCUGGUGCUGGUGAUGUGACAGAGGAGGCUCUCCCAUGUCUUGGCCGCGGCGUUGGUGCACCCCGUGGCUGAUCCACGCAUGGAGCUCAGCUGCUCGCCCAAACUCCUGGGGCUGUUGUGUUGCUUGAAUCCUUAAACACUCCCGCUCCCGACUGCCUCUGCAAUCCUUAAAGCAUUAUAAAGUCUGUCCUUGCCAAACCAAGUGCUCCACGGUGUUGCCACGAUGCCAUCUGGGGCCCUUCUCUGUAAUCCUUGCCAUCGAAAGCCGAGCGGUGACUUUGCAUCCCUGCGCUGUCCGGGCCCAGCCUCCGCCCUCACACGUGUCAGCGUUGGAAAAGCAGCAUGGAAAAGUGGAAGGCUCAAAGCGUGACGCACCACCUCGCUGUGUCCUCUGUCAGGAUGCUCUGAUCAGCAGCAUAGCUCCACAUGGGCGGGGGGGAGCUGCUUUCCCACCCCAGAGACACGCGUACAUGUGAAAUGUAUUGUGUCCUUGUACUCCUACCUACAAAAAGGCAAACAGCAUCCGUUGAUGGACAGUUUAAUACAGACAGGUUGUGUUA